AUGUGGCGCUUCCUGAAACCCAUAGCUAAAAAGGCACGGACGGAGGAGGAGGAGGAGGAGGAGGAGGAGGAGGGGGGUCGCGAUGCGAAUGCUGCGAAACCCAAACCGACCAGCGCUGGAACUGGGGGGAGAAAGUUUCAGACGAAGUGGCUAUACGACGAUGCAGGGAAAAAACGCGACUGGCUGACUGUCAAGAACAACAUCAUGUUUUGCACUGUGUGCACAACUUUUGGAAAGGACAAAAAAAGUCAGGCGAGUCACUUUGUUGUGGGCUGCUCCUCGAUGAAAGUUGAAAGUAUAAUAUCACAUGAAGGCACUCGCAACCACGACAAAAAUAUGAAAAUAAAGCAAGCCAAGUCUGCCCCACUCCAUGAAGCGCCCUCGGUGCAAGUUCUCACUAAACUCUCGGACGUAAACACCCAGAAGAUGAAGCUUCUUUUCCGAAAUGCGCACGCCAUCGCCAAGAAAGGUCGACCCAUCACCGACUACGUCUGGCAAUGCAGCUUGGAUGAGAAAAAGGGGCUGUCCGUGGGCAAAACCUACAGGAACCGCGAGACCGGCAAGCUCUUUGUAAAGUACAUUGCCAAGGCAGCAAGAGACAAGCUCUCCUCAACAGUGCUGCAAUCUCCCUUCCUUUCUGUCAUGGUUGAUGGCUCCACAGACCGCUCGGUGAAGGAGGAGGAACUGACCUAUGUGCGCUGCUGCAAAGCAGGGAAGGUGGAGGUCCACUUUGUUGGCAUUGAAGCAGUGGACAAGGCAGACGCUGCUCACAUCACCAGGGCUGUCCAGAACCAGAUGCAGACUGUCUGCAAGGACUGGGAGUCCAAACUUGUUGCUGUUGCUUCAAGAAUCUAUAUACUCUAUAUACUAUACUGUGGCCCCUGGUUGGUUGUAGAAUUGGUUUUAAUGUGACGUGAACACUUCUACAUGGCGGAAUACAAUGGUAAAGGAAAUAGUUUGUUUUGGCAUUUGGCGAGUAAAAAAUAUGGUUGGCGAGUAUGUUUUUUCACCUACUAGCCACUUGGCGAGUUGGUCAAAAAGUUAGUUUGCAC